GGUAUAUACUGUGCUCGGGGUGUGUGACGGAGCGACGAAGCGCAACGGAGUGACGACUGGCGACGACAACAUGGGGUACAAAAGGAGGUUAGGUUUUGGGACAUUUCUUACCGUGCUGAUCGUACUGGCGGCGAUAUAUUACCGUAACAUUGACGACGUCCUGCAAAAACGAUUGCUGACUCUGUUGCACGGUCUCGAGAAGCUUGAAAACAAAUACGUCAUCACCAGGAGGCCGAAAGUUGCCAUAGGUUAUGGCGUGUGCACUGACGUCUUCAUCGACGCGAAACAUCUGCUGAAAUACUCGGAUGAGAUCGGCCGGCCUGAGCACUUCGAUGAGAUCAACACUGAGCUCGAACUACUUAAGAGCUUCGCCUAUUAUUUUCGCCAUGGAGCCGCGGCCGAACGCUACAUGGCAAAUAGAACUUUAUUCGAUGAAUUGGUGUUGAAAGCACGCUCGUUUUCCUCGUCUUACUCGACAAUUGGAGGAAAUGCAGCAGUCAUGGCGAUGCGAUUUGCGCGGGAGGGAUGCGACGUGACUCUCGCGGCUAAAAUGACUAGAUCCUUGUACCAAAUGUUUCCUCAGGUGAUAAAUAUAGUGGGCGGCGUGGUGAAACGCGACGAUAUUCAUCUCAUCAUGGAAUACAAGCAUGGUGAAGUGUGGGGCCCUUAUUCCAGUGCGAGAGCAAACAGAUAUAUCGUUCACAAUGAUAUGAAUAAUCCAAUGAUCAGCUCUUUCGAUGCCUUUGAUAAAGUUCUGGGAACUUAUAAUCCCGAUUUAUUGGUAGUCAGCGGCCUCCAGAUGAUGGACAAUUACCCAUUUCGAGAAGAUAUACGAAAGAAUCUGCUGAUGAACGUAAAGAAACAGAUGGUGGAACGUCCGAGCUCUACCAGAAUUCAUUUCGAGAUGGCUUCAUUCGCCGAGGAUAAAUUGCUCUUUGAGCUGUGCGAUCUGGUGGUUCCCUUCGCUGACAGUUUAGGGAUGAACGAGCAAGAAAUAGCAAAUCUAUACAAUACUAUGUAUUACGGCAAUAUUUCAUUAGUGGCUAACUCGACUCCGCGUGUCGCAACGGUGUUGGAUCAGAUGAGAACUUUGUUCAAACUCAUACGCUUGAGAGGCAAAUCAAUCGCGAAUUCUAGAGAGCUCACGAGAAUUCAUGUGCACACGCUGGCAUACCAAGCCAUAUUCACCGUUAAAGAUUCCGUUUGGAAGAAUACCAUGGCCGCUGCAGCCAAAGCAUCGUUGACCGCAAACAGACACGUAUGCGCAUCGAGUAAUGUCGAUGUAAAAAAAGCAACACUGAUCAUGGACGAUAGUUUUUCAACGUCUAUCGUCGAUGGUACUCGAAUAGCACUGAACAUUGACAAACCGGUAUCUUGUUGGGACGAGAUUCUGAAGGUGGAAUCGGAGGAUAUUUCUAUUCAGGUGUGCGUCGCUCCCGUGUUGGUUUGUACGCAAGCUAGUCAGACGGCAGGUGGCGGGGACAAUAUUUCCAGCGCAGGUUUAGUACUUCAAAUCUAAAAUACGAGUUCACAUCGAUAUACGACGGGAUCGUUUUACUACACCGCCGUGUUCGCAUUACGAAUUCUAUGUCCCAUCCAUUGUAUACACGUAGACGACGAACGGAAAUCCUAAAGUAGGCCUUUAAUAAUGUUUGUAGCACGUGAGAAUUUACUACAUUAGUUUUUACAUUCCAAUUUGACUGCAAAAAAUAUAGACUGGACACACAGGAGUGAUUACGUGCAUCGCUAAACUAUAUAUAGAGCACAAUUUAAUUCUUUUAUACACUCGACGUGCGUUUUAUCAAAUUGUGACGUUCUGCCUAAUACGAUUAUCGAUAGCAACUUGGUACUAAUAUCAAUGUUUACGAACAUUGCAUUGUUAUUCUCGCAUUUGUAGACUAAUUUUAAUCAAGUUUGUUCCGAUAUUAUAUUAUGUAAGCUAAUCAUGCUGUGGUAGAUUAAGCAUUUUUACAAAAACACGAACGAAAACCGUGAGAUUUCCUGAGUACUGAGAAACUUGAGUAACAAUAUUUAAGAAUUAAAUAGUGCCAUGUGACUUAUAUUUCAAUAGAGAUAGUUUCAAAACCAUUUCACAAUAGAUUUGUAGUUAUGAUAUAUUAACUUUGAAAAGCACAGGCAAUGUGAUAUUAUCUUUAGGAAUUGAUUGUAAGAUUAAACUUAAAGAAACAGAAAGAGAGAAGGUGUGAUUUUUAAAAAAAAGAAAAGGAAUUAUUUAAUCUCGGGAAAUGUCGCAUAUAAAUAUCUCCAAUGUUAUGAUCUUACAUUCCAACGUUCAAAUCUGUUAUCUUUAUAUAUAAAAAAUCGAAUAUUUCUUUCACAUUUAAAAAGAUAUUGUACAUAUAUAUAUAUAUAUAUAUAUAUAUAUAUAUAUAUAUAUAUAUAUGGCGUAAGCUUGAAAGUUAUGGAUUUGCAAUAUUAAAGAUAUACAAUAUCAAUGUUGAUACACAAUGUGAAAUUGUGUUUUUUUUUUAUUGAUAUUACACACAUAUCUCUUUUUUUUUACUUAUGCACUGAUAACAUUCCAUAACAUUCAGAUUUAUUGAUUUUCAACAAAUGCUCUUUAUAACUUUUAUCAAGAAAUAGAGAUGAAAUUCAAAACUGUAUCAUACAUUAAUCGUUGUCAUCAUUAAUGUCAAGAUGUGAUACCGAUUGUGCAAUAGUGUAUUUAUGAAUUCUUAAAACAAAAUUGACGAAAAUAUAUUACUAAAUAAAAAGAGGGACAGU